AUGCCUGCUAGUUCCUCCGAGAGCCUCGUCCACAUAGAGGAGAGCCUCAGAGCUUCCUUUGCUGAUGGUUCCGAUCUUGACCAGCAGGUGGCAGCCUCUUCCAAACAGAUUCUCCUUCACAAGAUCGAGUUCAAACCAGCCCAAAAGCCUUACUCUUUACAGUGGACAACCUCAAGUCCAAAUACAUUCAUCUGAACCCAGGGCCAUUCCAUCAGUAGUAACUCCACAAGUAAUGCUUCCAAAACUGGUCAAGGUGAGCCAUCUUUUAAGAAAACAAUGAAUGGAGGUAAGGAUGGGGAGGAUGGGCUGCCGUCACCGAAAGUGGUGCUUUACCCGGAGGAGAAAGUCCGCUUGGAUUGGAGGAAAAUCCAGCGAGUUGGCUGUGGACUGCACAACAUGGGCAAUACCUGCUUCCUCAACUCCACUCUGCAGUGUCUUACUUACACAGCCCCUCUGGUCAACUUCUGUCUAUCAGAAGAACACUCCGCACAGUGUAAACAGCAGGGCUUCUGUAUGAUGUGCGAGCUACAGAGGCAUAUACGGCGUUGUUAUGACAACAACGGUCGCAUCAAACCACAGGCCAUUCUACAGAAGCUGAAAAUGAUAGCCAAGCACAUGCAUUGGGGAAGGCAAGAGGACGCCCAUGAGUUCCUGCGCUAUGUCGUACGGUUACAGAAAGCCUGCCUCAAUGGUUACUCAAAAUUAGAUAAAUUCAGCAAGGAGACAACUGUUGUCAAUCAGAUAUUUGGCGGAUUUCUUCGUAGUCAAGUGCAGUGUUUGAAGUGUAAGGAGAGGUCUAACACAUACGACCCAGUGCUGGACAUAAGCCUGGACAUAAAGAAUGUGCAGUCUGUCGAGCGAGCGUUUGAAAAGUUUGUACAGCCUGAGACUCUGGACAGUGAGAAUGCUUACAUGUGCCCGAGGUGCAAACAAAAAGUGACUGCCCAGAAAAGAUUAACCGUACACAAGGCCCCAAAUGUGCUAACACUACAGCUGAAGAGAUUUGAUAUUAACCGAAUGUUUGGAAAAAUCAGUCGAAAUAUCCAGUUUCACGACAAGUUGAAUCUUCGACCUUAUAUGAGUGUUCGCCAAGGUGAUCCUGUGAUGUACCAGUUGUAUGCAGUACUGGUACACAGUGGUAGUGCCUGCACCAUGGGCCAUUAUUACUGUUAUGUCAUCUCCGCGCAGAUUUGGUACUGCAUGAAUGAUGCCAUGGUGCAGCAAGUGAAUGCCAGCCGAGUGUUUAAUGCAGAAGCCUACCUCCUGUUUUACAUAAAGAUGAAGGGUCAAAGCCAUACUACGCCAUCCAAACUGAAGACCCCUGUUAUUGGACCCCAGCCCCAGAAACAUCAGCACCUCUCUCACCAUCACUUCUCUGUGAAUGGUAAACAGGCUUCAGGUAAAGAUAUAGGUACUCCAGUUCAGCGCAAAGAUUCCUCCAAACUGGUGCUACCUGUGAUAGGAAAUGAGGAUAGCAAGAAAAAGUCCCUGAUUAACCCUACAGCUAUUCCACCGCCAGAAAAACGCAGCAAGGUCUCCUUUGGAAUAAGACCAACAGCCUAUGGCAAAGAAGCCUCUGGCGGUGCAGCAGAUGCUGACAAUAAUUCCAAGCCAAGGAUUGUUAUGCAAAUUAAACAUGGGAAGGUGACGACGUUUGAAACCUCCCCAAAUGGAAAGGCUAAGAUCAUGGAAAGUGAUACCAAAGGAAAAUCCAAUCGGCUGGUGCCAUACGGAGAAGAUUCGGAUUCUGAGGGGGAUGGUUCUGCUCCCAAGGGCAAUGGCCAUGUGGUCAGUUGUAACAGAAAACCUGCGAAUAGUUCCAAAGAUCAUAGCACUAAAGACAAUUCCCACAGUCAUGGGGUGGGCAAGUCAGACAGCAUUACAAACAGUUCUGUGAUAUUCGACAUGAAACUUAACACCACUACAUCCGUACCUGGCAAUGCCCACCUGCUGGACACCACUAGGGACAAGUUUCCAGGGACUCAGCAGAAGAAAGGCUCUGAUUCUGGUCAAGUGGACGGCAGUAGUUCCUCAUCGGGCAACAUUCCUCUGUCCAAGGCAAAAGACAGCCAGCUGAAACUGUCACCUGUGAAGGGUAACCACGCCCAUCACAGCCCAUCUAAGCACUCUGAGAUGGCUGGCCUGACAUGUGUGACUAGCCCGCCUGUACAGAAGAUCAAUUCCACGACCCCUUGGCAGGUACAGUAUCAGGAUGCCGUCGCCAGCCCGUCUCUGGGGUCUACAUCUAGUUCAGGGAGUGCCAACUCUACAACAGAGUGGCAUGUCAAGGACCAGAUCAGCUCAAAGUCAGGGAAGUCGGAGAGGCAGUGUCCAGGCUGGCGGGUGACGCCUGGCAAAGAGACCAAGGCCAUUAACUCUGUGCAAGAUGGCCGGACAGGUGUAACGCCUGCCUCUGGGGAGGUAUUCAGGUCCCAGAUGUACAAGUCAGCCACAUCAAAGCAGCAGACGGAAAGUCACACAGGGUUGUCCACUAGCAGUAGCAGCAGUUUAAGUGAGGGCAGUGCCCCUGCUGAUGUUAGUCAAAUGUCUGACUCAGGGGGCCAGCAGUCUGAACAGGGUGGGGAGUCGAGUCAUGGCCUGGUCAAACACACGCUCCACAGGCAUGCCCCAUCCCCUGCCAACUCAAGCUUUGUGGAUGUCUCUGACAAACAGUGCCUGCUUAAUGGGUUCCUCAGCUCUGACGAGGACAAGGCAACUAGAAAGAAACACAAGAAAGAGAAGAAACAGAAAAAGCAGCGACAUGCCACACAUGACUACCACAAACUGAGUGACAGCUCUGAUAGUCACGAACAUAAAAACAGGAAGAAGAAGAAGAAGAAAAAGCGAAAGCAUCGUCAUGACAAAGAGAGAGGGCACAUUGAAAGUCUGACCUCUAGGAGCAAGAAGAAGUCUGAUGGCAAGCAUGGGAGUGAUCAUGAAGAGAGUCCUGAGUAUGAGUGGGUGGAGAAAACAGCAGUGACACCUGUGGUGGAGGGCUGCUCCCAAGGACAGGAUAAGGGCCACAUGAUGAACUCCAAGUCAGCUCCUGCUCAGCAUUGGGCUGAAGGAGUGCGUGACAGUUACAAAAGCAACGGCCAUGGUCAUUUGUCCGACCAGAAGAGGCCAAAGCCUUUGUGGGAUGGGGCCAAAUCCUCCAAUGUGGUUGAUCAGCUGGAAAAACUCUCCUCUAGCAGGGGAUAUGGAGCCGCAGUGUGUUCUUGGGAGGGAGAGAGGAGCCAUGUGGACCAGGCUUUGGACAAGGAGAGGGAGGAGAGUCGCAAACGUCACUGGUCAGAGGAGUACGACGAGGAUUUGGACGCUGGCAAGACGAAGAAAGUCAAAAAGCACCAGUCUGACUAUGUUGUCAUGGGUUACGGGGCUAAUCCAUUCCAGAAACGUCAAGAUGAAGUUAACAAGGACAAGGGGCUGUGGAAGAAGAACAAUCACGGACAUGAAGGCAGUUGGGGGUCACAUCACGGGGCCCAGGGGUCACACAGCUGGCAUCGUGGGGGGUCCAGUGGAAGCUUUCCUGUCCCCUCUUCCACAUCCAAUCAUCAUCAUCAUGAACAUAGCGAUCACUAUUACCACAGUCAUCACCACCACCACCAUCAUCACAGUGGAGGCAUGAAGCACCACCACCACUAAGGCUGGGUAUCUGAGGUGCUCCUCUGCUGGAUGAUGAGUGGAGCAGGGACAGUCAGUGGCUGUACAGCUGUGUCAAACA